AUGAGGAAGACACAGGAGGUUCGGCAGUUCGUAGACGGCGUGGUGGAGGAUUGUUUGCUACGAGACGUGGUGGCACUGCAGAGAACGACCAACAUUCCGUGGCAAGCAGUUCUCUACGCGGGGCGACGACGCAAGCUGCGAGCUGAGAGUCCACGUAAGCGUAGUGCGCGACUCAGCGUCCACGAGGGUGGACGGGUGGGUAAGCCUGGGGUAACCCAUCCCACAAAAGCCCCAUUGGGAACCCUGUCCAUGGACGUCGAGCAAGUCCGCGUGAGCGGCUUUAAGCGUAUCCUGGUGCGGCUGGAUGAGGCCACGCGCCGCAAGUACUGCUGUCGUGCACUCGAGCAAGAUCUGCAACAUGUCAAGAGCCAAAUGCGCUCGUGUACGGCGUCUAUGGCGGAGGCUAAGCAGGUGGAGGACGCCACACGCAAACUCCACGCCAGUCAACGUGCCGCUGUAUCGAGCGAGCUGUUGGAUGAGUUAGAAGUGCUCCAUCGUCAAUUAGGAGCGUCCAUAGAUACGCUCAUUUUAGGUCGCAAGCUACAGAACGGAGAAUUAGAUACGACAAAAGAGGACCUUGAAGUCAAGGAGGAGGUGGACACUGCGGAGACCUCGACAUCUCAGGAGGCCAAGACGGUGGCGAGGCAGAUUUUGCAAACAAAGGAGUUUGAGACCGCAGACGAGGACGAGAAGAAGAAAAAGUGGUGGAAGAAACACGUGCAGAAAGCAGCGACUCAUACCCUCGAGCUGGUGAGAGGAGAUGGUACAACCGUCAAGCGAUUGAGUCGGCUGGAUAAGUCGCUCAAGAAGCUUCAAGUCAAGUGUCCUGAACUCAAAGACUGGCUCACGAACAUGCAAAAACAAUUUGCUGAGUCUGUAUCAACAGCCGAGUCGGUAUCAGCUACGAAGACCAAGAAGAAGCGAGCGAUUGCCCUUCCUGAUGACGGAGAGACCGCAAUUAUGAGUACUGCUGCGUCUUCGUCGAAGCCCAAGAAGACAAAAUCUGCAGAGAAUACCAAGGAGAAGAAGACUGAGUCCGCGGAAAAGGCUCGAGCAUUGCUUCACCGCUGCUCGCGUGAGGUACGCACGUUGCGUGACAAGUUCGAACUCGGUGCGUACGACGUGAAUCUGAGUCGCAUGGUGACCGUGGUGGACUCGUUAUGGUCGGGAUUUGAGCACGCCGAGUUGGUGGCUUUGACCACUGCGUUGUUCACGCUGGUGGAGACUGUGGAGAAGGUUGUGAACCAGGCGAAGCGUCGAGACCGCCUCAUGUGUCUGGAAAGCGUCCUGGGCGUUGUACUAGGCUCGACCAAGCUGCAGUUGACUGCACGACGUAAAACGAUGGUAGAAGAGUAUGCAAACAACUGCCGCCAGUCGUUGCAGCAGCUAGAUCGGCAGGCUGACAGCACUGGGCAACCUACCAAAUCUCCUGCCCAGAAUGGAGUGCCAUCAACUCCACGCCAGACUUUAAAUGUGAACGGCAGUUCCCACGCCAUGGAGGACGACUGCCGGAAGGCGUCCACAAGCUACUGUGAUAACCAAAUUGGCUACCACGAUGGCUUGUGGACCCUUACAUGCAUAAUGCUUAGCUAG